AUGGCGGCGUUGGAUCGCGCCAACGAACCAGAAAACCCCGUUCUACUCCGUCCACGUAUUCCCUCCGGCGAUAACUCCGUUUGGGCCGAUGUAUCGCCUCUUCUCCAUGCCGCUUGUCAAGAUCUUCAAGAGGGAGACCUCAUCCAUGGAGAUAAUUUCAAUCUAUAUGCUGCCAUGUCUGCUUUGGAGAUAAUGGAUCCGAAAAUGGACUCUGGUAUGGCUUCUGCUUACUACUCUCUUGAUGAAGCGAUUGAGAAGGGUGCUGCUCCGGUUCCUAUUAGUUCUGAUAAAACUACUGAUGUUCGAUGCAUAAUUGACAUCAUGGACCAUCUACUAGCAUGUGAGGCAACAUGGCACAAGGGUCAUUCGCUGGCACAAACUGUCUAUUCUUGCCUCUAUCUUCUACGGCCUGAAAGGACAUCAUCGCAUGCCCUGUUGCAUUCUUACUGCCAAGUCAUACGUGCAACCUGCAAAGCAGUUCUUUCAGUUGUUGCAGAGGCACGGACACACGAAGAAGAAGAUUUAUUUGUCAUGGUAUAUGGACUUCCUCUGAGUGGAGAUGGAAAGGAAAGGUGUUUACCUUUGUUAAAUGCUGUUGAAGAAACAAUAUGUCGUCAACUGCGUGCUUCUAAAACUUCAUCCAAAAGAAGAGUAUCAGAAGAUAUAGAGCCACUUCAAAAUAAUCCUGAUCUGGAAGAAGGAUACUGCAAAGCCCUGCUAUGCCGAUUACGUUUUCGUAAGCAUUUUUACCAUCUUUUGAUGUCUAUGAAACGACCCCAAGGAGGAGGUUUGGAGUUGGCAAGAGAACACAUAACAUCAUGCAUUUCAGAGAUUGGUCACAUUCGAAAAUCUUCAGACUUUCUUAGAGCCAAUGCUCCGGAAAUGUCUGAACGAAAUGUAGAAAAUACAACUGCAUCUGGUUGUCAACCAAUUGGCUUUGAUGCUAGUUUAAAUUCUAGAUUAUCAGCUCCAACACCGCCGCGGGCAAUCAAAAUAUUUUGUUUAGAAAAGGCUCUCGAAUAUUUUGUGAAACUCCUUCAUGAUCUAGAUGUUAUAUGUUCCUACUCAUUGGACCCAUCGUUGGAGGCUGCCUUGCUCUUUGUGGUUAAAUUCCAGAAAUCUCAACCUGAUUUGAUUUCAAGAGCUCAUCUUCAGCUUCUGCUGGUCCAGAACGGGAAACUCUUUGGUCGAUACCCUAUGUUUUCUAUGAUCAUUAGAGCUGCUGGAUUACCUGAAGUCGCAGAGAAUCAUGAAUUUCAGAAAAGUCAGCUUAUGGUGCAACUUGAACAGACAGUGAUCAAUUUACUCAAAAUUAUCUGUACAAAUGCCGCAUGGCAAAGGCGUAAACUGGGGAAAAUGCUACAAGAUUUGCGUGUCACCCAUGUACAGCUGGAGCUAGCUUUCAAAAAGGAGUUUGGAAACACUUCAAACAACGAGAAUAUAGGUUUCAAAAUAUUCCAACAUAUUCUCGUGUGGUUGGAAGAGCAAACUUAUUGGAUAGCUUUUCGAUUUCUCACUGUGGGAUUUGAAUUGGAACUCUAUGCUGACCAUGAUUAUUGCAUGGUGUACUGGUAUAUUUACAUCGUGUUGAUCAAUCUUGCAGAGAAGAAGCAUCUCCGGAUAGCAAUGAGCAGUGGCGCUGGUAAAAAGAAGACGAAGAAAAAAAGAGAUUCUUUAAAAGAUGGGGGAAAGAAUUAUCAGAUCUCAGAUGCUGUUAAGUUUCUUCAGAGCCAAAUAUAUCUAGCUGAAGGUUUAGGCAUGAUGCUAGCUGCUUUGAGGAAUGAGUGCAAAAUUGUUCCACCGCAAAGUCCUUUCACUACAGAACACGAGAUAUUUAUCCAGCAAUUUGAUCUUUUGCUGAAAGCUUGUCUUCCUGAAAGUAUCUCAUAUCAGACAUACAAGGAAUCAACUGCCCAGGCUAACUUCUCUACCCUAGUUAUGUGUGAUUACUUCAAAGUAGCACAAAAGAUGGCAAAAGAGCUGAAAACUAAUUUCGCCAAUGAUCUUGACAUGAUGGCUGAGCUGGGGAGAAUAGAGCAAGUAGCAGAGCGCAACAACAUUGCCUUGACAGUGAUUUCCCGGCUAGGAGCAGCCGAUCCAUCGAUGAAGAUUUCUUUUACGUUAUGCCAUCAUCCUUUCUUUGCAACUGCUAUUGUGAAGAGAUCUUGA